AUGAGUUUCAAAGAAAAAUUGAAAACCUUUUUGUCUGUUCCUCGUCAAUCAAGUGAAAGAUCUUGUUCAACCAUGAAGAGGUCUAUUGGUCAGAUUUGUAACACAGAUAUUAUAAUUGAUGACAAUAUGAAUCAAGAAUCUACUUGUGCAAAUAUUUUGUGUACUUAUGGACGUAUAUUAGACAAUAGUACUGAUAUUGGUGUGUAUGUGACAAAAAAAAAAUCAGAACUUUAUGUACUUAAAGAAAAGCUCUUGAGGAAAACAUGGACUCCAAAUUCUUUUACUGACUUAUUCAUUCAGAUAACAAAAGAUAAGAAGCGGCAUUUUCAUAAAUCUUGGUUGGGUGAAUUUAAACAAGAACUUCCGUAUAGAGGUCAUAAAGACUAUGGACGUUUAAGUUUAAAUGAACCUGAAAAUAAUGAUGGAAACUUUAGAGCAGUACUACGUUUUAGAGCACGAAGUGGAGAUGAUAUUCUCAAGUCGCAUAUCUUAAGUUCAAGCACUGAACAAAUGUAUACUAGUCCCUUGAUUCAAAAUGAGAUCAUAACAUUAAUUGGAUUGAAUCUACUACCUAUUCAAAAUUAUAUAAUUUAUAGAGUUAAAAAAUCUAUAUUUUUUACUGUUCUUGCUGACAAAACCUCAGAUGUGCAAGGUAUUGAACAGUUUUCUCUAUGUCUCCGGUAUGUGGAUGAUGAACCAAAUGAAGUUGGGGAAGACUUUCUAAAAUUUUUUCCUGUAACCGAUAUAUCUGGAAAAGGUUUAGCUGAUACAAUGAAAAAAGAACUCAUGUAUUUUGGACUUGAUUUGAAGAACCUAAGAGGGCAAGACUAUGAUGGAGCUGCGGCUAUGAGAGGUGCAUUUCAUGGAAUCCAGGCAUUAAUAUCAAAAGAAUAUCCAUCAGCUAUUCAUAAACACAUUGUCUGUCACAUUCUCUUAAUCUUGUGUUAAGCGACUCAUCAAAGCUUCAAACUAUAAGAAAUACCAUUGGAACAA